AUGUACGGGCUAUUGAUAAAAACCAUCCUCAGCGGUUUCAUAAUAAGGGGUUACCUGGGAAAAUGGACACUGUUGAUAAAAACAGUGACUUUAGUGCUGGUGGUAUCUUCAGGAUUGAGCCUUGGAAAAGAGGGACCUUCAGUGCAUGUUGCGUGCUGUUGUGGCAACCUGUUCAGCAGCCUGCUGUCUAAGUACAGCAAGAAUGAAGGGAAGAGGAGGGAAGUACUCUCAGCAGCAGCGGCAGUAGGAGUCUCUGUUGCCUUUGGAGCUCCAAUUGGUGGUGUGCUUUUCAGUUUGGAAGAGGUCAGUUACUAUUUUCCGCUAAAAACCCUGUGGCGUUCCUUUUUUGCUGCUCUUGUGGCUGCAUUUACCCUAAGAUCAAUCAACCCGUUUGGGAACAGUCGUUUGGUUCUCUUUUAUGUGGAAUACCAUACUCCUUGGUACAUGGCUGAGCUAUUUCCUUUCAUUCUCUUGGGUGUUUUUGGAGGACUUUGGGGAACCCUCUUCAUUCGUUGCAACAUUGCUUGGUGCCGCAGACGCAAGACCACCAGCCUUGGCAAGUACCCAGUACUGGAAGUCAUUGUGGUCACAGCAAUUACAGCCAUUAUAGCUUACCCAAACCCAUACACCCGAAGAAGCACAAGUGAACUCAUCUCGGAGCUCUUCAAUGACUGUGGAGCUCUUGAAUCUUCUCAACUCUGUGAUUACAUUAAUGAUAUCAACAUGACCAGACCUGUGGAUGACAUCCCGGAUCGACCAGCUGGUCCAGGAGUUUACACUGCCAUGUGGCAAUUGGCUUUAGCUCUUGUUUUUAAAAUUGUUAUCACUAUUUUCACAUUUGGCAUGAAGAUCCCAUCUGGUCUAUUUAUUCCAAGCAUAGCAGUGGGAGCUAUAGCUGGUCGCAUAGUCGGUGUUGGAGUUGAGCAGCUUGCCUACCACCACCAUGACUGGAUCAUCUUUAGGAACUGGUGCAGACCAGGAGCAGAUUGUGUCACUCCAGGCCUCUAUGCUAUGGUGGGAGCUGCAGCUUGCCUAGGUGGUGUCACUAGGAUGACCGUUUCCUUGGUUGUCAUCAUGUUUGAGUUGACGGGUGGUCUGGAGUACAUAGUACCAUUAAUGGCGGCCGCUGUCACAAGUAAAUGGGUUGCAGAUGCAUUUGGGAAAGAAGGAAUUUACGAAGCUCACAUCCAUUUAAAUGGAUACCCAUUCUUGGAUGUAAAGGAUGAAUUCACCCACAGAACUCUAGCAACAGAUGUCAUGAGACCUCGUCGUGGUGAGCCGCCGCUCUCUGUUCUUACUCAGGACAACAUGACAGUAGAAGAUGUGGAGACUUUAAUCAAAGACACAGAUUAUAAUGGUUUCCCCGUUGUGGUAUCCAGAGACUCAGAACGUCUGAUUGGCUUCGCACAAAGAAGAGAACUCAUAAUUGCCAUCAAGAAUGCCAGACAGAGGCAGGAUGGAGUGGUAAGCAACUCCAAUGUAUAUUUCACAGAAGACCCCCCGGAGCUUCCAGCUAACAGCCCUCAUCCUCUGAAACUAAGACGCAUUCUCAACCUAAGUCCAUUCACUGUCACAGACCACACACCCAUGGAGACUGUGGUGGACAUCUUUAGAAAACUUGGAUUGAGGCAAUGUCUUGUUACUCGGAGUGGGAGGCUUCUGGGUAUUAUAACCAAAAAGGAUGUUUUAAGACACAUGGCUCAGAUGGCUAAUCAAGACCCAGAAUCCAUUAUGUUUAACUAGACUGUACAUUGCGUGUGGGAGGAAUGUUCUGCAGAAAUGCUGGAUGAAUCUGGAGGCUUUUCAUUCUAACAAGGAAGAGGAGCAAAAACUGAAAUGACGGUGGCUGACAUGAAGAACCUGAAACGCGUCUCACCAGUAUGAUCAGGAGCCUAACAGUUAUGUGAAAUACGCCCUCAGUAAUGGUCACUGACAGUUGCACGUCACUCGAGAUGCUACCUUUUGCUUUGACUAUAAUGCAUGUAUGUGACUGGAUGUACAUUUCUCAAUAACAUUUUGAGGCUUUCAGAUCAUUUUUUAAUGAAAAUAAACUAUUACAAACCAAUGGACAGAUAUAUAGUAUUUAUGUUAGAUCUGAAUUCAGACGUGGUGAGAUUUAUUGAAAGAGAAUACCAGACUUUAUAACUUACAACAGGCAUGCUCAACCUGCGGCCCGCCAGCUGUUGCAAAACUACAACUCCCAGCAUGCCCGAACAGCCUACAGCAGGGCAUUGUGGGAAUUGUAGUUUUACAACAGCUGGAGGCCCCAGGUUGAGCAUGCCUGACUUACAACAUGAAAGCCUGUUUUACAGCAGUACAUUUCUUAGAAUGCAUAGCUUAAGAGUCUCCUUCCUCGGAGUAGGUCACUUGGUCUUUUGUCAAGGUUGUAAUUUUAUAUAAUUUUAGAAAAGAGCAAAGUUUGUUCAUUAUUUUGGGAGAUAAAUGAAUUUGAUGCAUUUAUUUGCUUUGUAUAUAUAUAUAUAUAUAUAUAUAUAUAUAUAUACAGAGAGAGCAAGACAGAUAAAACAAACUUAGGUCAGUAGAAGAGGCAAGUGUGUCAGUGAAGAUGAUUGCCUAGCCAGUGUGGCAAGAAUGAACACAUUUUAACGCAUAUGUCAUGCCCCAAGUGUUCCUACCAUGUCCCUAAAUUGUAUAGUUUUUUUUUUUUGGGGGGGGGGGAAUACUGUGCCACAGCCUAGCAGUAUAAGCCUACUGAAACACUUGAACUUAACUCACGAUGCUCACAGUAAAUUGGUCUAGUUGUAUGGCCUCCUAAUACCCACAUCACAGAGAUAGUUGCCAAUUUCUUUUGUUAUUUAGGAAUCUUGUGGACAUUCUAGUAUCAUAAGCACGGGAUCCUGCCACAAUGCCCCAAUAACAAUAGCCAUAAUGUCCCCAUAAGAGGACAUCCACGGUACCAACAGUAUUAAAUUCACAGUGGUCCAAUAAUAGAGCCAAUGAUAGUGCGCCAUAACCAAGUCAGCCUCAGUGAUCCCAUAACCACCAGCCAUGAGGCCUCCUAACUGAAGCAGCCAAUUCCCCUCAUAAAUGAGCUGAUCACUAUGCCCACAUAAGUGAGCUAGUCACAACAUUCCCAUAACAGUGCCAGUCAUGGUGCCUCUAUGAGAGCAUCUAUAGUGUCUCCAUAGUGAUGACCGAAUUACUCCUAUAAUGACAGCCAGUAUGCCACCAUAAAAACUGCUAUAAAGCUGAUAUAUUUAUAUCCACAAGUCCCUAUAACAUCUACAGUGCAGCCCACACAACAAAGUAAACAAAUCUGAUAAAACCUUAAUAUAGUGUGAUAUAUUUUAUGAUUUUCUUUAAAGGGUUUGUCCAACUUUCAAGUGUUUUUUUUAAAUAGCCCCCCCGACCCAGCAGGACCUGUCAAGGGAAGCAUACUUGCAUGUUCCCUGACGAUCGGUUCCAGCUCUGUGGAUACUACUGUCUUCACUAUGCUUUGGUCUCCACAUGUAAACCUCCACCAUGGACAAGGGUCACGUGUGCCACUUCAGCUAAUGACUGGCCACAGCAGUGGCAUGUCCCCCAAGCAGCAGUGACGCAAUGAUAUGCUGCUGUGGAGACAGCGUUGGACCAACUGAGCUGCAACCUGUCAUUGGAGAGCAGGUAAGUAUGCUUUCCUUGACGUAUGCUUUCCUUUCCUUAUAUCCUAUUAGCAAAAAAAUAAAAAUACUUGGAAGUAGAACAAUCCCUUUAAGGACACAUUAUUUUGCAGGAUGUGGUGAUGCACACGGCCUCGCAACUUUGCCUUCCUGCACAAGAGUGUUGCAUUAGGUUGCGCUCAGGAAAAAGAAACAGAGAUGAACAGGGAAGAUUGUAUAUCAAAUGCUAUUCAUACACUGAAAUGUAUGGGGAGAUGUGUAGCCAGUGAAGUUAAUGUAACAUUAGACUAAAUGGGAUUAACUGUGUAGGAUGUAGAACAAUAGCUCUGUAUACUGCACUAUACAUUCUAAUUUCUCUAUAUAUACGUUUGUGGCUGGAUCAGUCAGCACCAGUGGUUGUGUACAUCCAGACUCCAGCUUCGGUGUACAGAAGUGGAUGCAUACUUUGCUGUAUACGAUAUCUCUGUACUGUUCCUACACCUUCAGAUCAUUGCUAUUUUGUUUAGUUACCUGUUAGUUUUUGGUAUUAUUUUAAUGAAUCCCUAAGCAGCAUUUUUUUAUAAGUUUUUUGUGUUUUCUAUGCUGGCACUGGAAAGCCUUGCUCUGCAUAUUGGAAAUAAAUCAGAAACAGAUGAUGAUGAUGAUAUGAGUAAACAUCACAAAUAAAAAUAGUUUGGACUUUCCAAUGUUCCAAAUAUGUUCUGGUUCCUGCAUAUUAUUGCCACUAUGGUGACCAGCAGAUAAAAGGGACUGGUGGUAUGUUCUUACUCCUCUACCAGGGAUGUAGAUACAGAAGGUAUAGAGGUUGUAGUCACAAUCUGAUCCUGGUGCCAGAUGGGAGUCAAAGGCCCCACUGCCAAAUAUGAAGACACUAGUAACUAAAAGGAAUAUAAGUGAAUGAUAUACAGGUUAUACUGGAUCUUUAUCCCACAAAACUAUAUAUAAAUAUGCUCAGCUCUUCCUGCUCUAUAACAUG